UAGAGCAAUGGGCAGAGUACUUCGAGCGUAAGAACCACGGAAGAUGGAGCCGGCAGCGACACCCGGCAGCCUCCCGCGGUCGGUGGGGUGCUAGCGGCGGGCCCGUCAGAGCCGCCUGGGCCGUGGUAGCGUCGACAUACGGGAGCGGUCGCGCCACGCCCGGCCUUCACCACCGCCGCCGCCGCCACAGCACACGCGGAGGCCAGCGCUGUGCUGAGCAUGGAGACCGCAGUGUCCAAGCUCGCUUUUUUUGUGUCUUUGUCAAGGCUGUAUCUCAAGUGCUUCAGUGAUAACAAACUCUGAGGAAAAUAAUAAAUAAGGUUAAUUUGAUGCAGUUGUUGCAUAAUAAGUGAAAACUUGAGUGAAGUGCUGCAACAGGAGAGUUACACUGUUAUUCGUCAAGUGAACUCGUUACUUGUAUCACGUGGAGUGUGUGUAGUGUGGGCGUUACAGGGUGUUGGUGCAGUGUUACUUCAACCGUUAUUCUGUGACAGUUGCCUCCUACGACUCACCGCGUGCACACUAACGUGCGACGUCUGUCACGUGCUGACCCUGUCACGCUAUCAUUAGUGUUUGGAUCUUUGAGCAGGUGUUAUUGGCGGCGAGUAGCGUCACAGCCUGUUACAAGCGUAGUUGUUAUUUUGCGAGGCGUCACGUGCACGGUUCGGAGUGUCACGACCUGUCACGUGGACGUCAUCAGUGUUACAGCGUUCGAGUGCCGACAGGAUAUAACGUUCCGUCACGUUAUUGCCUCUAGUGUUACUAGAUUAGUGUCACAGCUUGUGUUACGAGUGUUAAACGUGCGGCUCAGCGUCACAACCUCAGUUUGACGGCCACUAUUGAGCGUGGGCGGAGAGUGGCCGCACGUGGGCGUGAUGCGGCGGCACCACCGCGCCCACCAGCUGCCAAGGUCAGGUCGGGGCGAGCAGUGGGCGUGGUGAGGUCGUCUGCCAUGACCUGGGUCAGGCCACCCACGGGCGUGCCCCCGUCGGGCGCUUCCACCACCACCUCGCCCCCCCUGCUGCUGCUUCUGCUGCUGCUGAUCUCCUCAGUGCUCUACACCCCAGGAAUGGCAGACAGCAGCAGCGUGGGCGGCAUCGGCAGGCAGGUGGACGUGAUUGAGUCCUUGCAGUUGCUGAACACAAGCUACCCUGGCCUGACCGUGAUUCGAGGUCCUAGGCCCUUCGCCCCGGCGGUCUUUCUCCAGGACGAGCCCCGAGAGGUUCGCGUAACAGAAGCUGUGCAGUCAGCGGCUUCGUCCCUGCUGAGCGGCUCCCGUGAGUUCACCAUCAUGGCGACGCUGCAGCAGGAGGAUCGCAAUGCGGGCACGAUCCUGGCCUUCUCCCGCGGUAACCAGCCCUACCUGGAGCUGCAGUCGUCCGGGAGGAAGGAUGAGAUACGCCUGUACUACAUCCACAACGGCGCGGCCCACGUCGAGGUCUUCCCUUACCGCAUCGCUGACCAACGUUGGCACAAGGUCUCAGUUGUGGUCAGUGGAACCCAGAUUGAGGUGUGGGUAGAUUGCUCCCGCGUGUACCGUCGCCUCGCCCCGCCCCCGAUGACCAACCUCUCUGCCUUGGCUUCUCUGGCACCGCCUCUUGACCCCAGUGACCCCCUGCUGAGCCAAGAUCCGAGUUACCGGGAGACUCCGAUGGCGUUGUUUCUGGGUCAGCGCAACAACAGGCACUUCCUCUUUAAGGGUGCGCUGCAGGACGUACGUCUGGUGUCCGGGCCAGCGGGGUAUCUGCUGCAGUGCCCUCAAGCGGAAGCCGAAUGCCCAACUUGUGGCCAGUUCCAGGUCCUGUCAGACCAGGUCAACCAACUCCAGCAGCUGGUGACGCAACUAGCAUCUCGGUUAUCAGCCUCUGAAGCCCGUCUAGCUGCAGUGGAAGAAUGCGAUUGCCAGAGGUCAUGUCGGGUCAACGGAACCAUUAGACAGGACGGUGCAACUUGGAAGAGUGGAUGCGAAAUCUGCUCGUGUGUGCAUGGCGAGGUAACCUGCCGUCCCAUACCUUGUCCUGCAGUGACCUGCAAGAACCCAGUCUACACGGAGGGAGAGUGCUGCCCGGUGUGCCUCAAGCAAUGUUCGCUGAAGGGAGUUGUUUAUGACCAUGGAGAAACUGUGUCCCCGAGGCAAUGUGUAGACUGUGAGUGCCGGGAUGGGAAGAUGCAGUGUCGCCGAGUUGAUCCCAAGGAAAUGUGCCCGCCUUUACCUUGUCCUGAGAGUGAACAGUUCACCGUGCCAGGCCAGUGUUGCAAGUUCUGCCCUGGGGUGGACUACUGUGCUCAAGGCCAUGACUGUCAUGCUAAUGCUACCUGUAUCAACCUUCAGACUACUUAUGCUUGUCACUGCAACUCUGGUUUCACAGGCAGUAAUGGACGAAUGUGCACAGAUAUUGAUGAAUGUCGCGAAGUAGGGGCCCAUCACGGCCACUACUGCCAGGCACACACCAGGUGUGUUAACACCAUUGGCUCGUAUGUCUGUGAAUGUGAAGAUGGAUAUGUACGAGUGGAUGAGCUGACGUGUGUGGAACGUGAUGAAUGCAGCGAGGGAGCUCACCAGUGUCAUCAGCAUGCUUCGUGCACCAACACCCAAGGUGGAUAUCACUGUACUUGCAACGAGGGAUUUACUGGAAAUGGAUUUGACUGCAAGCCUUUAUGCAAUGCAACGUGUGAGAAUGGAGGUAUUUGUGUGGCCCCCGGAGUGUGUGAAUGCCGCCGUGGAUUUAAGGGCCAGGCCUGUGAGCUCGAUGUUGACGAAUGUUCACUUGGACUCCACCGCUGCCACCCAAAUUCCCGCUGUGUGAAUCUUCCAGGCUGGUACACAUGCCACUGCCUCCCUGGCUACACUUCACUCAUGCCAGACAACAGCCAGGGUCUCCUUUGUCAAGAUGUUGAUGAGUGUGCAGCAGGGACAGCCACCUGCCAUGAGUCAGCCACCUGCAUCAACACAGAGGGAUCAUUCAUGUGUUCCUGUGACAAUGGAACCUCCUGCUCUCAUGGGUGCGUGGUCAAUGGGUCGGAGCGGCCCCAUGGAGACGUGUGGACACCUCCUGGUUCUGAGUGUUCACAGUGUAUCUGUUCCGAGGGGACAGUGACCUGUGAUCGCUUCAUCUGCGACUGCUCUGACCCCAAUGUCAACACCAUGUGCUGCCCUCACUGCGACCCGAGGGCCUCAUGCACGCACCAAGCACAACCACACCGCACUUUCCACAGCGGUCAGCGAUGGAUAUACCAGUGCCAGACUUGUGAAUGUUUGUAUGGAGAGAUAGACUGUUGGCCGCUGGAAUGCCCUCCAGUGCACUGUUCUUCUCCCGAGCAAGUUGCAGGAGACUGCUGUCCGCGCUGCCCAGACGACCCCUGCAUGGCUCCGGAACCCGCGCGCAUCUCCGCCAACGCGAGCCUGGGCGGGGCUGCUGCUGACGGCUUGGCUGGAAGUGGAGACGGCGAAGGCAGUCAGCCCACUGAAGCGUCACCGCCUCAGGGCUGCCACUACCUAGGUGCCACGUACCCACCCGGUGCAGAGUGGGCAGCACUCAACGAUGACUGCAUCACGUGCAGGUGUCAGAUGCCGUACUGCUGGGAGGGUGGAAGUCGGGGUGGUGCGAUCCGUGUUCACCGGGUGGACAGGUGUGUUGUCGUUACCGCAGCCACUGUGUGGGUGAUGGGUACUGGCCUGCCUCUCCAACUCUACUCCCUGGUGCUUCGAGGGUUGGGAAUGCUCCAUCUGUUGUUAUGGGGGAUGCUAAUGUGCUUUAUAGCACCCCUCCUUCGGUGUUUCACAGCUCUCUGGCAGUUACUUCUAAAGUUGCCACAAGUGAUGUCACUGCCCCCUCCAAGAAGGCUGUUUGGGAGCUUGUCAAGAUUCACCAGCACCAGCCCAGUUCUACCCGCACCCCGUCGCCCACCAGACCUGCCCCACAUUCUCAUGCCGCCUUGGUGGUGGCUUCCAACAAACCAGUGGGUAGAGCUCCCCUACCCUAUGAUGUGCCUCAGACAUUUGCCCCGCUGGGGAAAACUAGUGAUAGUGACAUUGCAAAGACUCAUGUGGUGCCAAAUACUUGGCACCAUAGACUCAUUUAUCGAAAUCCCAUCUCAUGGAUCCGAUCUCGUAAAGCACAAUUAUUCAGGGAGCGCCGAGAGAGGCAGAGAAACAGUGAACCAUAAGCUAAGUCAGGCACAAGUGGACGUGUGCCUCAAUAAACCCCCCAGAGCCAUACCUCCAACCUGAGGAUGGCCGAACCCCGCCACACCACGACUCUCUGCGGCAGGAGGCGUCUCAGCUAUCCUGGCCUUCUGCUCACUAUUUAUCAGGCUUUGUACGGAAUCUUCUCCAAGCAGAGGGGCAGAUCACCGCCUGGCUGAUUAAUGGGAGUUGGAAUCUUCACAAGCAAGAAUGUUUAGUCAGCCUUUAAAGAUGGGGCAGUGCCAACUUUCCAUGAGGGUGAGGCAGCAGCAGAAUUGACAGUCCUGUUCUCUUUGAUUGUUGCUCCUCACUGCUCCUCAUGCUAUUUCCUUCAAGCAGCUCUUCUCAUCAAGUUGCAUUGCUCCCAUGCCCUCCGCAGCAGCAGCAGCAGCAAAAGCAGCUAAUGCAAGUUGCAGAUCCCACUAUGAGGUCUGUUAUACCGUAGUCCGCCUCAGCUGUAGCCUUGUCUGCCUCUGCCUGUCAAGCGCUAGUCUUCCUCAAGUCGUGGUCAGUGUUGCGGUGGUCCUGGGGGAGUGAAGCGCCCAGAUACAGUGAUUCUCGGGACUAUUGCGUUUAUGUCCGGGGAUUCUCUAGCUGAAACUCAGUGUUCAGGAUAGCGUAAAGCGGGUGCUCGGAGGUAUGGUUGUGUUGUACAUAUCAUUUAUAUAGUGUUUAGGCUACCUGGCCGAUUAUUAUUUUGGUGAUUCAAAGUGAAUGUUGCCAUAGCCCAGACUGCCAUGAAUUGAUGCAAAGACUGUUCACUUGUUUUAUCUCUGGUCAUUCCAUAUGCCUGCUAGUCACAUUAGUCUCGUCCUUAUUUUGUUGUGUAAGGUAUUGUCACAUUGUGCAUUUAUAACUUAAGGGAAUAUACAUUCCUUUUGUCGCAUAAAUGAAAUGUUGAAUUUUACAAGAGAUGAUAUCCUGCACUACAGUUAAAUAUUAUUGAGUCUCUAGUCAUUCCUAAUAAAUAUCCUAUACUUUCUGCUGACAAAACUGCCUACAGAAUGAUUGGGUAAACUCAGUAUUGUUAUCAAACACAACAUUAUCUGUGUGUGUACUUGUCUAUGUCUAGUCAAUUUUGUUAUACUGACAUGGAAGUAAGUAAUUAGUAACCUUUGGGCUUUUGCAUGUUGACAUCUAUCUCUGCCCACUGUUACCAAGCCCCCUAAAAAUGAUAUGGGCAAACAUUGGGGAGAACACCUGAUCACACAUAACCUACGUGACUUCAUGUAUAUGAUGUGUCCUUUUGUACACAAACAUACAUGAGCUUACAUGUACAUGACACAGUCAAAGAGCUACACAUAACUAUAGAUCAUUUAUUUAACAUAUGCAACUUUAAACAAAUGUUACAUAACACACAAACACAAACACACAUACACACACAUACACACAUACACACAUACAUACACACAUACAUACACACAUACAUACACACAUACAUACACACAUACACAUACACACACAUACACACAC